AUGGCAACGGGCCGGGGCGGGGCCGGGGACCACCCUCCCCCAGGGUGGUUUUGGAUCCUCACCCUUUUGUUCAUGAUGGUUGUGAGAACAGGGUUAACUUGGCUGUUAUGCUGUAGGAUUCUCACCCUUUUGUUCAUGAUGGUUGUGAGGAGCUGCAAGUGGUUUGCUGUGGUUCUGCUUAUGGCUUCUUUAUGUGAUAGCGUGGAAGGACUAUGGACUAAUGGAGGGGGCUGCAGAUACUACACUAAGGAAUCUAAGGAUAGGGUUGAUAGUCACAAAGUUGAUGCAGUUGACACAACAGGUGCAGGUGAUGCUUUUGUUGCUGGAUUACUGAAUAGUUUGGCUUCAGACCCUACUUUGUACAAGGAGGAAGAGAAAUUAAGGGAAGCUCUUGUCUUUGCGAAUGGCUGUGGUGCUCUCACAGUGAUGGAGAAAGGAGCGAUUCCUUCAUUGCCGACAAAAGAAAAGACUGUCAAAGUUGCAAGUUGGUGA